UGCGCUCCACGGCGCCCCUUGCGGCGGUUAGCGGGUGCAGCAGGUCAGAUGAUCAGCUGUAGAUUCUGGUCGUGGUCAUGCUUUCAUAACCGCUUUAAAACACCUUCACCACGAACACGUCCGUGCACUCGGAGGCAGGUUGUAGUGGUCUGAGUGGGUUAAAGGCUCGUUAAAGCAGCAUGUAUCGCUCUCUGUACGCCUUCCGAUCCGCCGAGCCCAACUCGCUGCACUUCUCGGCCGGAGAAAGCUUCAUAAUCCUGGAGAGGAGCAACAAACACUGGUGGCUGGGCUCCCGCUGCAGCUCCGGAGAAACCGGCUACAUCCCCGCGUCCUACAUCGAAAAAAUCCAGACUCCGGAGCAGGAUGAGGUGUUGCAGUCGAUUGACAGAGCAAUCGAAGGCAUCCACAACGUGGCCUUAAAAAAUGGCGGCAAAUACAAUCUGGAGCAGCGAGAUGUUCUGCAAAAGUUGAUCCAUCACAGAAAGGAGACCCUCGCACGCCGAACUACUUCCUCCUCCGCUCACAAACAGAGCCUCCCCACUUCCAGCAGUGAAAUCGCUCUCAGUCAGACUCCUCCUCCACCAAAUGGCCUUAACCAGGACUACGCACGGCAGGGCAGCAUGCUGUUAUCAGGAAGUGUGGACAACAUGCAACAAGAACAGGGCUGUUACCAGGCGCCUCCUCAGCCUCGGCGUGCUGCGCCCAUCACCCCGCCUCCCCCGGAAAAACAGAGGAACAGCCGGCAUGGAGCAGAGCCUGAGGUGCCCUCCCGGCUGUCCUCUCUUACUCCGUCGCCUGGCCCGUCCCUCUCAAUCAGCACCACCUCCUUAGAUUCUGGCUCCUCCCACUCACUGGCAUCUUCUGAUGUUAGUCUGCCAAGUGUUUCCAGCACCCCUCCUCCACCUGUGCCAUCCCGUGUGAAGCCCACGGAGGUUCUGCCCUCUGACACUCCUCUUCAGCCAGCUCCUGCCAAGAAGAGUCCGGCACCUCAGCCUCCCCAGCCCACCCCCACGCCCUCUGUAAACGACCAACUGGAAAGUUGCCGGCCUGUCACUCCCCUGUCUGUUGCUGAAAGCCCUUUAGGCAGUCCAACUGCCUCUGAGCCUGUUCCCAUGACUACAGGGCCUGAACUGAUUGAGCUGGUACGAAAGAAUACAGGUUUGAGUUACGAGCUGUCGCGGGUCACUGUGGGCGUGGUGAUCGGACAUCUGCAGACCGCCUUACCUCAAGCGUCUUCUGCACUGGAGCAGGUGCUCCUCUCACUGGUGGAGAGCAAGGAUUUGAGUGCGGCUUUACCACAGGGGCAGGUGUGUCAUGAUGAACAGCGGCUGGAGGUGAUCUUCAACGACCUUGCACAGCACCGCAACGACUCCCAGCAACGUAGCUGGGCCCUUUAUGAAGAUCACGCUCUCAUCGCCUGCUACCUCGAGGAGCUGCUGAAGAUACUGACUGAUGCAGAUCCAGAGGUGUGUAGGAGGAUGUGUAAGGCCAACGACUGUGAGCAUGUGCUUUCUCUGGUUUCAUAUUACCAGAUGGAGCAUCGUGUCUCUUUGAGGCUGCUGCUGCUCAAAGUGUUUGGGGCGAUGUGCAGCUUGGAUGCUGCUCUAAUCUCCACCCUCCUCAACUCCAUUUUACCCAUGGAGCUGGCACGGGACCUGCAGACCGACACUCAAGAGCACCAGAAGAUGUGUUACACAGCGUUGGUACUGACGAUGAUAUUUUCAAUGGGUGAGCAGGUGCCGUAUCACCAUUAUGAACACUUGAAUGCUGAGUUUGUUGGGUUUUUACUGGGCGUAGUGGAGGACGGGCUUCCCUCUGACCUCAUGGAGCAGCUCCCUGACAUCUUCCUGAACCUCCUGCUGGCUUUCAAUCUGCACCACACAGUGCUCAGCACCAACGUCAUUAUGGGGGAGCUGAAGAAGAAAAAUGUUAAGAUCCUGUCAGAGAAAGUCCUGCUGCUUCUGAACCGCGGAGACGACCCUGUGUGUAUGUUCAAGCACAACCCGCCUGCACCGCACUCGGUGCUCAAGUUUCUGCAGGAUGUCUUUUCCAGCCCUGAGACUGCAGACAUCUUCUACCGCACUGACAUGAUGGUGAUGAUUGACAUCAGCGUUCGGCAGAUAGCCGAUCUUUCCCCAGGAGACAAGCUGCGGAUGGAGUAUCUCUCCCUCAUGCACUCCAUCAUGCGCUCGACAGACUACCUGGAGCACCAGCACCGCCUCUCUGACCUGCAGUCGGCGCUGCAGAGGAUUCUCAGGGAAGAGGAUGAUCCAGGAGAUGAUGAUGGGAGCACCACAGCCAAACAGAUGGAUAAGCUAAUUGUGCAGCAGAUGUACCAGGAGUUCCCUCAGAUCUGCCAGACCCUGGAUUAACCGUAUCAGUAUGAUGCUCACACACUGUAGUCUGAUUCCUUCUAACGCAGGGUCGCAUCAUAAAGCUUGAAAGAAGAAAUUGACGUUUGACUGGACGCCUUGUUUGUUUUUUUGCUGAGGGGGGAAAAGAAAAAGUUUUGACAAAAUGUUCUUAGACUUGAAGUGCAGAGCUCCAGGGUGACGGCUUGUGGUGUUGGUUCAAAAGGAUCUUGUUUACCCCAGAUUCUCAACUAUUUAUUUGUCUAGCAUAUGCAAAAUGUUAUAUUUUAUCAGUAAGGUGGAAAUAAUGUGAAUACACAAAAUAAAUUGAAAAGCCACGGACACACAGCUGAGGUUUAGUCAUCUUUGUAGACUGAAAAUGGCCAAAAUACAGGACAAACCACGGAGCUUAUUCUCACAAUUAAUUCUGAGCAAUAAUAAUAAAAACAUGAUCGAAACUGUGUACUCAGUGUAUUUUGAAAAUAUUACAGCUGCCAUCAGAAACCUUAUUCUAAUGUUAACCAAAAUAACUUGAACCAAAUAGUUUUCAGAGUAUUGCUAAAGAGCAGGCAGAUAUGUAGUUGUUACAGUUAGCAGUGCCAGAUUGACAGUAUUUCUGUGAGCCCAGUUGCUUCUGUACACCAUCACAAGGAUCCUGUAAAGAAACCAGAUGUUCUUGUAGAGUAGUCGUAGCUUUAAUUCAGUACGGCAUUAACAGUUAGGAGUUAAAACCAUUUAUAAACAGUCUCAACAUUUGAUGGCUUGUCUCCUUCUUGAAUGGCCACCUGAGAACAGCCUAAUCCACACAUUUAUCAUGUAAUUUAUAUUUAUUAAUGGUUGUCAUAAGACCUAUCAUGUGAUUUGGAAGUGUUCAUGUAUCCGUCCCCUUCUUUGUCUAAACAAAACUGUUUGUAAAAGUGAUGAUUUUCGUGAACAAUAAUCCUGGUAUUUAGUUUCUCCAAUUAUUUAUGGGUCCUGAAAAUGGAGGCAGUGUGUAUACAAAUGGCUCAACCGCCUAUGGUUAUUCAGAUGUUUUUGUUAGACCCCUUGAAUUAAAGCUGAGCAUUUACACUACACGGACAUCUCGUUGUUUCAUUUCAACUUCAUUGUGGGGUGCACAGAAGCAAAAUGUUGAAACCUGUCAUUGUCCAAAUACUUAUGAACUCGGCGGUAACCCUUUAUGUGCUUCCCUUUUAGUGGGACCAAACUACUUUGUGUUACAGAGAACAUUCUUUUUCUUAGAUAAUACACUGACUUCAUCUUUCGGUGUCCACCCCCUGGUUCAUUAAUAAGUUACACAAAUUUAUCAUGUUUUCCGUCAUUGUGAGACAAGCAUAUUCUGUGUAAUGUGGUGUAUUCACUGAGCUUUUAGCUGAGUAACUUGCCAUUUUGCCAUUACAGUAAUGCUGCAACAUAUUGAGCCUCUCUUAUGCCUGUAGGGGGCGCUGUAGCCAGCGUUUUCAGGAUGAUUCUUUUGUUACUGUCUUUCAAAGAGCCCUUGUAUCAUCACCAUCAUCGUGAUGCUGUACAGUACUUAUGCACAUUUAAAAUACCAGCAGUCAUUUGCUGGUUGCAUAUCAGUUGGAUCGAUGUUUGUGUCCACGUGUGGCGUUCACACUAACCGCUGCAAUAAGGCUUUGUAACGCUCUUGUAAUAUUGCUGUAAUAUUUUGAGUCUUGGCAGAUGCAGGCUGUGGUUUUCUGAGCAGAAAAGUGAUUUGGUGUUGAAGACUUGCACAUAUGGUCUUACUGAAAAUCAGCAGAGGUGGACAGACUACAGGGUAUUUAUUUAUUACCUUAUACUUAACCAGUUAAAUGGUCCUUCAAAGUAAAUUUUGAAGAGCUAAAUUUGACUUGGUGAAUACAAAUGUCCCAAGUCAAAAUUGUGUUAAAGGAACUCUGUCAUGGUGUGAAACAAAUUCUAUCAUAGUGUUAAAUUAGCUCUAUAUAUAGAGUUAAACCAGCUACCAAUAAGUCACCUCUUCCAUAGCCUUACACAGUCUCAUAGCAUUAAAAUGACUCUCUUAGAUUUAAACGGACUUCGUCAUAGUGUUAAAAUGACUCUCAUGCUGUUAAGCACUUUGUCAUAGCGUUAAAAUGACUCAUAGCAUAAAACGGACUUUGUCAUAGCGUUAAAAUGGCUAUUGCAGUGUUAAACUGUCACAUCAUUAAACCUGCUGUAGUGUUAAUUUGAUCAAAUGAAAUAAAACUUUGAUUCAUACUAUGAUAGAAUUAAGUUAACACUGGUAGAGUUGAUUUAGUGCUACUUUAAUUGAGACCAUAUGUACUCAUUGCAGAGUCAAUUUAACUUGUUCAAACGCUCCUAUUUUGUGGUUCUCUUGUGUGGUAACUCAUUGGCCCGAUCCUUCACUAUAAUCUGAUUCCGUUCCUGAAGUUGCAUCUUCAUCUGGACACACAUCAGUGGUUCUGUAGUUGGUGUGCAGACUAUUAUUCUUUAUAAUUCUGUUUACAUUGUGUAUGUGUGAGAGAGGAGUGUUGUCUUUCUAGGACUAUCGUGUCUGCAAAAGUGCUGAGAUGUGUCAUAAUAAUACUAAUAAAGCUAUAUUUUAACAAUGGAAAUAGAUGGUGUUGGUGGGUAACCAUAUAUUUUUGCCAGUGUUUAUGAAAAAGACAUGUUUAUGAUGUAAUAAAAACCUUUAUUCAAA